CAAACAAAUGGAGGAGGAAAUGGAGGAGGAAACGGAAAUGGUGUUUCUGUAUCGCUCAAACAAGGAUUAUCCCAAGAUGGUCAGCCUGCUCCUGCUCUUAGAGAACCGUGAACUUUUCCAGGAAGCUCCUUAUCAGAAUGAUCAAAAUAAGAUCAAGGAUGCUUGGCAAAGGAUUGCGGAUGGAACGGGCACAACUGCCGAAAAUCUGCCAGAUAACGAGGACCCGCCAACGGACGCUGGCCAUCAACAUCAAGUCGAUCAACGAGAUGAGCGUGAAGUACUGGAACUGGAACGCGUCGUACGUCGACGUCGACCCACUGCCACUGCCACGACCACGACUCAACCAACUGUGCCUGUGCGACUCGCCGAUACGCCAGCUUCGCCGGCUGUCGACUUGGAACCCGCUGGCCCAGCUAUAUGGAACCCUGGAACCCUCUGGAACCCGCUGGCCCCGCUGGCCCCAGACGGCGACGGGACACCAAAGGAUGGACACGGAACCAUCGAAGACGGAGAUAUCGAGGCGAUGCCGAUAGUUUUCCAAGAGGAGAAUGAGAAUACAAUACCGGAAACCGCCGAACCAUGGCCGGAAGCUGUCCAAGUUUACACCCAGACCCAGCAGCAGCAGGAACAAUACGUGGAGUUGAUGAAGCAACUCAUACAGCAGCAGCAGGAACAACACCAACAGCAGCAGAAACAAUCCGUGGAGUUGAUGAAGCAA